AUGAUGGCUGUCCAGUCGACAGUUUUGCUGUUUCUAGUUGCUUGCAUCAUCGGGUCAGCAAUAGGUCAACUCUUCGACAACCACAGAGGGCCCUGGAAUGUAGUGUUCAAGCUCCCUAAAGGAGCGCGUCCCACGGGAUACAGUAGUGUCAACGCCUUCUGGACAGCCAGCGGACAUUACAACGGAGAAGACGUGUCGGCCAUGAGAGACUUCAGCGCCGCCAGCAAAAUCUACAAAUCAAAAUGGCUGGACGACUGGCAAAGCCGAAGCUUCUCCGCUGUCCGUCUGUCAGCUUACAAAGGCAAUAAGGAGGUAGCAUACGUGGUGUUUGACAGUAUGGGAAAAAGUAAGAACGAGUGGCUGGACUGUGGACGAAUCAUUGACUCCAGCUACACUGAUAUUACAACGGCCACCAAAAACUACUGCGAAAUGAACCCUAACACCGGAAGACGUACCUUUUUCAUUAAUCACCAAUAUGGCGGCUGCACCUCCGACGCUGGUUGGUUCAUGCUUAAAGAUUAUGACGCAACUUCCGAAUGUACAGAAUGGGACGUUAUGGCGGGAACACCUUACUUCUAUUACUCUGCUUCAACUACCAAAGAAAACUGGAGCUCAGGAAACAAAGGCACCGCUGACGCUAUGGUUGUUUCUGUAAUGGCCUGGGACAUGGUAUUUAAGGCGGUGGAGGGCGUGGUUCCUCCCCAGGGUGGCCUGAGACAGCUGUGGUACUCCUCCGACACCCUGAACAGUGACAACCCCUCCGCUCAGACCCUCACCAAGGCACCGAACCUCGUGUACAAGUCCAAGAAUGUAGAGACCUGGAGAAGCAUUCCGGGAUUUUUCAUCGAAAGCGUAAAAUACGCAUACUUUACCAACGGCGUAGAGGUUGCCUUUAUCAUUUUUGACGGACGUGACGCCGACAAGAAUGGUUGGUUCAACGACGACAGAAUUCUUUACUCCUACUGGAACGAUAUCAUUGGGUACACAAAGGUCGGCUCCAGCAUUGAUGGCGAUGGUACACGACGAUUCUGUGUUCAUAAGGAACACGGAGGAUGUCCGAAUGACAAAGCUUGGAUGAACAUUCUGGACUCCUCGGAUUCUUCCACGCCUUGCUCAUGGGAUCAAAACGUCAGACCUAGACCAUAUUUCCUUUACAGUAACAAGAAAACAUGGGCACUUUGUCAAGCUAAUAAUGCUUGGAAUCAAGCCGAGUUUCCUGCAGCUGAAACAAUGGCAAUUUUUGUAAAAGGUUGGCGAAUGGUGAUGAAGAUUGCCCAUACAGUGUCCAUUGCACCGGCGACUUCCGUGUACGACUUGUGGACCGGUACUUACACUCUUAACGAAUUUGACGCAGACGCUCUGACCAUUGGUACAGGCACAAAAACAUACAAGUCCAGCGUUGUCGAUAACUGGGGAAACUAUCAGAUAUCUGCUGUGAGAGUAAGCUAUUACUCGAAGGGCAAAGAAACCGGUUAUGCAGUGUUUGAUACACACGGUGUCGCUGACAAAAACAGCUGGUUUGACUGUAGUAGAAUUCUGUAUUCAUCUUAUAGUGACCUGACCCGCCUUAAGGCUGUGUCUUAUUGUGGAAUCCCAGGAGAUGGAUCUCUAAAAAGACGUUUCUUCAUUCAAAACAACUACGGUGGAUGCGGGAAUGAUGCUGGUUGGUUCCUUGUGGUGGAAGGUGACGCAUGCGCAUGGGAGCGCAGAACCACUCGCCCCUACUUCCUGUACAGCGGCCUACCAGGGCGGGAUUUACAAGAUAACAUGGUUAUUGCGGACCUGUUCCUCAUUUCCGUUGGUAAGUUGUUGAAAGUAUAG